GGCGGCUUCCGCCUUCGCGCUCAAAGGGGGCGGCAGAGCAGCACCGGCUCGGCCAUGGCGGAGGUGGACCUGGAGUCGGACCAGAUCCGACUGAAGUGUAUCCGUAAGGAAGGUUUCUUCACCGUGCCUCCAGAACACAGGCUGGGAAGAUGCCGGAGCGUUAAGGAGUUUGAGAAGCUGAACCGAAUUGGCGAGGGCACCUAUGGCAUUGUGUAUCGGGCCCGGGACACCCACACAGAUGAAAUUGUUGCCCUGAAGAAGGUGCGGAUGGACAAAGAAAAAGAUGGCAUUCCGAUCAGCAGCCUGCGCGAGAUCACACUGCUUUUGCGUCUCCGCCACCCAAACAUUGUGGAGCUGAAGGAGGUGGUUGUGGGCAACCACCUGGAGAGCAUCUUCCUGGUGAUGGGUUACUGUGAACAGGAUCUGGCCAGCCUACUGGAAAACAUGCCAACACCCUUCUCCGAGGCCCAGGUUAAAUGCAUCAUGCUCCAGGUGCUUCGAGGCCUUCAGUACCUGCACAGGAACUUUAUCAUCCACAGGGACCUGAAGGUGUCCAACUUGCUCAUGACAGAUAAGGGCUGUGUAAAGACAGCGGACUUCGGUCUGGCUCGGGCCUAUGGUGUGCCAGUAAAGCCAAUGACUCCCAAGGUUGUUACCCUCUGGUACCGAGCCCCAGAGCUGCUGCUUGGAACCACUACCCAGACAACCAGCAUUGACAUGUGGGCUGUUGGCUGCAUCCUGGCAGAGCUGCUGGCCCAUAAGCCCCUCCUCCCUGGCACGUCCGAGAUCCACCAGAUCGACUUGAUUGUCCAGCUGCUGGGAACACCGAGUGAGAACAUCUGGCCGGGUUUUUCCAAGCUGCCGCUGGCUGGUCAGUACAGCUUGAGGAAGCAGCCCUACAACAACCUCAAGCACAAGUUCCCUUGGCUCUCAGAGGCUGGGCUUCGUCUGCUCAAUUUCCUCUUCAUGUAUGACCCUAAGAAGAGGGCGACAGCAGGAGACUGCCUGGAGAGCUCCUACUUCAAGGAGAAGCCCCUGCCCUGUGAGCCUGAGCUCAUGCCCACCUUCCCCCACCACCGCAAUAAGCGUGCUGCCCCAGCUGCCCCUGAGGGGCAGAGCAAACGAUGCAAGCCUUGAUGGUGGGUCCAGCUCAUCCGGCGCGUCCUCAUGGAUCAUCUGUCAAGGACUGGGAGGCCCUCCAGGUCAAGACGCCGUUGGCUUCUCCAGCUGGCCACGGUCUUCAGCUGACUCCUCCCUCCUGUUUCCUGUGUUCAGAUGCUAUUAGAGCAUGGGCAGGGAUGCUGCUGAGUGGGUACCCAGGAUAGGCUGGGCCAUUAUAGUGCCAUCUGUGGCCUCUUAGCCCUGGCUGCCUUGCCUGUCAGUGAAGCCCUGCUUCUGGGGAGGCAGUGCCAGUGCUGAGAGGCCCAAAGGUCCCUAUCAGUACAGGCUGGAGCUGGGGCCCCAGCUGGGGUGAGCAGGUCCAGGACAGACAGGCUGUGGUGACCUGGGCGAGGCUGGUGGGUCUUCCAGUGGGAAGGACGGGGCAAGUGUUGUGUGGGGCCAUGACAGGAUACUUGUAAGACUUGUCAGGAUGAGAGCCCUUGGUGGAUGUGGCUGGCGCUGAUGGCCAGGGACAGAAUCGGUGGACACCUUUUCCAGGGGUGUAGAGAUAAAAACCUUUCCAGGA